AUGGUGGGCUGCAUCAACCAUGUGCCCAAUUUCUUCAACUCAUCGCCACUUUCCCUAACCCAAUUCUGAAAUCCCCGUCGUCGCCUGAAUUAAAACCCUCGCCGGCGCACUUGUUCUGCGAAGUGUCACCCUCUUCACACACAAACACACACACACACUCUACACACACAGAGGCAGAGCUUUGAAAGUGUAAGAAGGGGAAGAUGUCUAGCUGUGAAGUGGAGAGUGUGUUCAUAGGAGCUGGUUGCAACAGAAUCGUUAAUAAUGUUUCAUGGGGUGCUUCUAAUUUGGUUUCCUUUGGUGCCCAGAAUGCUGUUGCUAUUUUCUGUCCCAAGAGUGCACAGAUUUUAACAACACUCCCCGGUCACAAGGCUUCUGUUAACUGCACUCAUUGGCUUCCCUCCACCAAAUUUGCUUUCAAAGCAAAACAUUUUGAGCGACAUUUUCUUCUGUCUGGGGAUGCUGAAGGUGCCAUCAUACUCUGGGAGUUGACUCUCACGGGCAGAAAGUGGAGACUUGUUUCACAAAUACCACCACACAAGAAAGGAGUCACUUGUAUUACAGCAUAUAUGAUUUCUGAUAUUGUUGCGGUAUUUGCUUCCACCUCCUCAGAUGGUAAAGUUAACGUGUGGGAGGUGGUCCUUCCAUCUUUAGAAGGAGGUGAAUGUAAGUUCUCAUGCUUGGAUUCCCUUCAUGUUGGUUCCAAAUCUAUGGUUACCCUUUCUCUAGCACAAUUUCCAGGGAACACAGGGCACCUAGUUCUAGCAAUGGGGGGCUUAGAUAACAAAAUUCAUCUCUACUGUGGUACGAAAACAGGAAAUUUUAUUCAUUCCUGUGAGCUGAAAGGCCAUACUGAUUGGAUCAGGAGUUUGGAUUUUUCUUUACCUGUAUGCACAAAUGGUGAAGCUAAUACUCUUCUACUAGUUAGUUCAUCACAAGAUAAAGGCAUACGCAUCUGGAAGAUGGUUUUACAUAAUUCUUCAAUCAAGCAAGAAGGAACAACUUUGGCUUCUUACAUAAAGGGCCCAAUUUUUGUAGCUGGCUCAUUCUCUUAUCAGAUAUCAUUGGAAUCUCUUCUCAUUGGGCAUGAAGAUUGGGUGUAUUCAGUCGAGUGGCAACCUCCUUUUUCCAUCGAGGGAAACACGUGUUAUCAAAGUGAAAGCAUAUUAUCUGCCUCCAUGGACAAGACAAUGAUGAUCUGGCAACCUGAGAGGACUACAGGUAUCUGGACGAAUGUGGUAACUGUUGGGGAGCUGAGUCAUUGUGCUCUAGGCUUUUAUGGUGGACAUUGGAGUCCAAAUGGAGAUUCAAUUUUAGCACAUGGCUAUGGUGGAUCUUUCCAUUUGUGGAGAAAUGUUGGUGUUGACUUUGAUAAUUGGCAACCACAAAAAGUUCCUUCUGGGCACUUCGCAGCUGUGUCUGACAUUUCAUGGGGUGGUGAUUAUAUGUUGUCUGUCAGUCAUGAUCAGACAACAAGAAUCUUUGCUCCAUGGCUCAAGGAUCCAAUUUUGGGGGAAGGAAAUGCUUGGCAUGAAAUUGCUCGCCCUCAAGUUCAUGGUCAUGAUAUAAAUUGUACAACAAUUAUUCGUGGGAAAGGUAACCACAGGUUUGUGUGUGGAGCUGAGGAGAAAGUUGCCAGAGUUUUUGAGGCUCCUUUAUCAUUCUUGAAAACAUUAAACCAUGCUACCUUGGAAGGAACUGGUAAUUUUGAAGAUACGCAAGUAGAUAUGCAGAUUUUGGGUGCAAAUAUGUCUGCUCUUGGGUUAUCACAGAAACCUAUAUAUAUUCAAACUUCCCAUGAGACCCCAAACAGAAAUGGUAGCGAAGUUCUUGAUACUCUGGAAACUAUUCCGGAUGCAGUUCCAGUUGUGUUGACUGAACCACCCAUUGAAGAACAACUUGCAUGGCAUACUCUAUGGCCCGAGACCCACAAACUCUAUGGUCAUGGAAAUGAGCUUUUUUCUUUGUGUUGUGACCAUGAAGGCAAACUUGUUGCUUCGUCAUGUAAGGCUCAGUCAGUAGCAGUAGCAGAAAUAUGGCUAUGGCAAGUGGGUUCUUGGAAACCAGUCGGUCGUCUUCAGUCUCACAGCUUAACAGUAACACAGAUGGAGUUCUCUUAUGAUGACAAUUUUCUUUUGGCUGUCUCGAGAGAUCGGCAUUUCUCCAUAUUCUCCUUUAAGCAAACAGGCACAGAUGUGACCAGCCACCAGCUUUUAACCAGGCAAGAGGCACACAAGAGAAUAGUAUGGGCAUGUUCUUGGAAUCCAUUUGGCCACGAAUUUUGCACAGGAUCAAGGGACAAGACUGUGAAAAUAUGGGCCAUAGAGAAUGAAUCUUCAGUCAAGCUUCUAAUGACACUACCACCGUUUAAAAGUAGUGUAACGGCCCUAUCUUGGGUCGGUCUUGAUCGGCAGCGCAAUUCUGGAUUACUUGCUGUCGGAAUGGAAAAUGGUCACAUUGAAUUAUGGAGUAUUUCUGUUCAAAGAAAUGAAGAUGGUGUUGCUUCAGCGCCAAACGUUACACGCAUCAUACAGUUUGAUCCAUUAAUAUGCCAUGUUUCGUCUGUCAAUCGUUUGGCAUGGAGAAACUCAGAGAAGAGAGAAGAUUGUGGAAGCAUAGAGCUUGCUUCUUGCGGCGCUGAUCAUUGUGUAAGAGUUUUUAGCAUAAAUGUACUAUGAUUUUAGGCCACUUUAUUUCUGCAUUACGAGUUUGGCAAGAACAAUGCCUUUUAUAUAGUUUUAUCUGUUGCUUGUUGCAUAUUUUGAUAUUUAUCAUCUGCAAAGGUAGACAAGUUUGGAAAUCUAGCAGCACAAUCGAUCUCACAUGACUGGCUGUAUAUUAUUGAGAUGCAUGAGCGGUGAAUAUUUGUAUUCAUGUAGAAACUAAUCCGUUUAAAUCUGAUAUAUUUUUUAUUGCCCUGA